AUGGUCGGCCUUGUUUCGGCCGCCGGUCUUGUCGGCUUCCUCUCAGAGCCCGACCCCGAGCUCAAGGUCUUUGCCUUGAAGUCAUUAGAUUCUCAGAUCGAUACACUUUGGACAGAAGUUGUGAACGCGGUUCCCGAGAUUGAGGCUCUUUACGAAGAUGAAUCAUUCCCGGAACGCGGCCUGGCUGCUUUGGUCGCCUCGAAGGUAUAUUAUCACCUGCAGGAAUAUAAUGAGAGCAUGGUCCUCGCUCUAGGUGCCGGCAAGCUGUUCCAGCUCGACAACGGUGGCGAGUAUGAAGAGACCAUUAUUGCGAAAUGCGUCGAUACUUUCAUAUCUCUCUCUGCCGCCCAGAGGCCUGCGGCUGGUGACCCGGCCGCCAAUCUGAACACCUCCUUCUCAGCAUCCGGUGAUGGCGCCACCAGCACAUCAGCAAGCCUGACCUCUCCCAUCACACCUUUCUCCAAGUCUGCUUUGCCUUCAAAGUCCCUUCUUUCCCGACAGGAGGUUCCUGGCAUCGACGCUGCACACCCUGGCGGCGAUGACCAGAGUGUCCAACACAACGAGACUCCGCUUGUUUUGAAGCGAGGUGUUCAGGGUCAACUACAGGCAGUGAUUGAGCGACUGUUCGAAGAGUGCUUCCGUCAAAAACGUUACCGUCAAGUGAUCGGUAUCGCGAUUGAGGCCAAGAGUUUGGAUGUUCUCCGUCUGGCCAUUCUUCGUGCCAGUGCGGACGAGAAGCAGCAAUUGGGUGAGUCUCACGGGAGUGAGGAGCUCAUGGAAUACGUUCUGGACAUUUGCAUGGGCAUUGUCCAAGAGCGAGGCUUCCGCACUGAGAUCCUUAAGCUGAUCCUCGAGCUUCUUAACGAGAUUCCCUCACCCGACUAUUUCUCUAUCGCCAAAUGCGUUGUCUACCUUAAUGAACACUCGAUGGCCUCGAACAUUCUCCGUCAACUUGUCGAGAAGGGUGAUCCGCGAUCCCUCGCUGUUGCAUACCAGAUUUCUUUCGACCUUUACGAUAACAGCACUCAGGAGUUCCUCCAAAAGGUCCGAGAGGAAAUCUCCGAGCUUGUGCCUGAGCGCGAUACCGCUACAACCGAUCAAGAAGAGCCUAAGGAGUCAGAUGCGUUGCUUGAGGACCAAUCAAGCUCAAAUCGCGCGGAGGAUGAGUCGACUGCCGCAUUGAGGAACAUCCUCUCAAUCCUGGAUGGCAUUAAAUCCAUUCAACUGAAUCUUGAGUUCCUUUACCGGAGUAAUCAGGUCGAUAUGGCGAUUUUGAACAAGGUACGCGACAGUCUCGAGGCACGCAAUUCCAUAUUCCACACCGCCGUCACUUUGUGCAACGCUUUCAUGCACGCUGGAACCACACAUGACAAGUUUUUCCGCGAGAAUCUGGAGUGGCUUGGCAAGGCUGUGAACUGGUCCAAGUUCACCGCUACUGCUGCAUUGGGUGUCAUUCACCGUGGCAACCUUAGCCAGGGACAGAAGCUCCUACAACCCUAUCUGCCCAAGGAUCACAUUGCCGGGGUGGGCGGCUCGGGCUCGGUUUACAGCCAGGGUGGAUCUCUGUAUGCUUACGGCCUGAUCUUCGCCAAUCACGGUGGCAUGGCUGUUGAUCUCAUUCGCGAUCACUUCAAGAAGGCCACCGAGGAGGUGGUGCAGCACGGUGGUGCUCUGGGUCUGGGUGUGGCUGGUAUGGCCACUGGCGAUGAGGAUAUCUACGUGGAUCUCCGCAAUGUGCUCUACACUGACUCGGCUCUCAACGGCGAGGCUGUCGGUCUUGCAAUGGGUCUUGUCAUGUUAGGCACCGGUAAUAUGAAGGCUUUGGAGGACAUGAUUCAGUACGCCCAUGACACCCAGCACGAGAAGAUCGUCCGUGGUCUUGCCAUGGGUAUGGCUUUGAUCAUGUACGGCCGCCAAGAGGCUGCCGAUGAGCUGAUCAACGGUCUCCUCGGUGACCCCGACCCGACUCUCCGCUAUGGCGGUAUCAUGACAAUCGCUUUGGCCUACUGUGGUAGCAGCAGCAACAAGGCCGUUCGUAAGCUUCUCCACGUCGCCGUCAGCGAUGUCAAUGAUGAUGUUCGCCGUGUUGCAGUACUGAGCUUGGGCUUCAUUCUGUUCCGCAAGCACCAGAGUGUUCCCCGUAUGGUGGAGCUGCUCUCGGAAUCCUACAAUCCACACGUCCGCUACGGUGCCGCCAUGGCUCUCGGUAUUUCUUGUGCCGGUACUGGACUCGACGAGGCUAUUGACCUUUUGGAGCCCAUGCUCAAGGACUCAACAGAUUUCGUUCGUCAAGGUGCUUUGAUCUCGUUGGCCAUGGUUCUCGUUCAGCAAAACGAGGCUAUGAACCCCCGUGUCACCAGCCUCCGCAAGGCCAUGAUGAAGAUGCUCGGUGACCGCCACGAGGAUGCUAUGGCCAAGUUUGGUUGUGCCGUAGCUCUCGGAAUCAUCGACGCUGGAGGCCGCAACUGCACCAUCAGCCUGCAGACACAGACCGGGAAUCUCAACAUGCCCGGCAUUGUUGCUUUACCCCGACUUCCGUCAUCGGAGUCGACCCAGAAGUUGGAGGUUCCGGAGUUCAAGUUCCACAGCAACACCCGUCCGAGUCUGUUUGACUACCCUCCCAUGCAGGAGGUCAAGACUGAGGAGGCUCCGGAGAAGGUGAAGACUGCCGUGCUUUCCACGACGGCUCAGGCCAAGCGCCGUGCUCAGCGUCGUGAGAAGCAGGCCCGCCGCGAGAGCAUGGAUAUUGACCAGACGCCUACUACGCCAAAGGUCUCAGAGCAACUGCCGGAGAAGAUGGAGACCGACGAGAAGGAUGGCGAGGAAAGCAAGGACGCUGACAAGGCUGCUGGCGAGGCCCAGAAGAAGAAGGUGGAGCGAGAGAAGGUUGGCUACGAGUUGGACAACAUGUCCCGUGUACUGCCCGCACAGCUCAAGUACCUGACCUUCCCCGAUCCGCGCUACGAGCCUGUCAAGAGACCUACUGGUGGUGUCGUUGUCGUUCUAGACAAGCACCCGGAGGAGCCUCGCGAGACCAUCGAGCUCAAGGCGAGCAAAGAGGCCCCUGCCCCUACCGAAACUCUUCAGGAUCGUCUUCAGGCGGCUAUCGGCACUGCUGCCCUGCAGACCCCUCAACGGGCCGAUGCUCGCGCCAUGCUGUCUUCAACCCCGGCUGGCGCUGCAGCGGCAGCGGGUGUGUUGACCGCUGUUGACGAGGACGAGGAGGGUGCAGAGGACGCGCCAGUGCCCGACGAGUUCACCUACGAGACCGAGGGCGAGGAUGAGUAG